GUGUUCAUUCUAUAGCUUUCUUCCCUCAAGUGUGUGUAGGUGUGUGUGUCUGUGUGUGUGAUCACAAAAUGCUCAGUACAUGUUUGCUCAGUAAUCUCUGGCUGAACCUGUCUGAUAGGUGUGGGCUGGCUGGCACUGACAUGCGCAGGUAUGAAGAGAAAUCUAACACAGUCCUGAAAGAGGAGGGUAAUUCUAGCACUUCUGUAACCAGCACUCUCUGAUUCUCAGAGGAGGGGGGAACUCACACGCACACUAACACCUGUAAAAAGGACAGUGGAAGAGGAAACAUUCAGAACAAGAAAAGGCUGCUGUGGAGGGAAAAAGACAGAGAGGAGAAUGCUUCAGCAUGUGAGAUAACCUGAAGGAGAUUCUUCGACUGCAGUUCGACCAAUGGGUCUGGGAUUCUAAUGUGGCAUUUUAGGCUCUGGGAUGUACAAGUUGUUGCUGUAUUUUUCAGCAUCACAUUAUAUAUUUGUGACCUAGCCGGAGCCAUCUCCAUUCACUCUCCCCAGAGGAGCCUCACUCGGUCAGUGCAGGAGGAUGUGUUUUUCUCAGUGGAUGUUACCUGCAAUGUGAUCCCCACCAUACAAUGGACCUUUAUGUCAGGAGCGGUGAGCCGCACUAUAGGGACUUGGCAGCCAGGGGCAUACACAAACAUAACGGUGGAUUACAGCAGCAGAGUGCAGCCCUACGACAAUGGCUCCAUGGGCCUGUCAGACCUGCGGCUGCAGGACGCUGGAUACUAUGUGGUCACUGUUACAGAAGCGGCCGGAAGCAGCAAGGAUGCUGGAUUUGUCCUGAAAGUGAACGAGGUGCUGUAUGAGGAUCUUCAGUACCUGUCUGUCUCUGCCUUAGCACUGGCUUGUUUGGCUGCCCUUCUCAUGCUUGCUGUGUGGCUACUAGACAAGGCCUACAGGAAGAUAGUGGCUUGGAGAUGCAGGGCACAGAUGCCAGAAAAUGAUGCAACAGAGCUGCAGCCUCUUUGAUGGACGUCUGGCUGUGGUUUGUGCCAGGCCUGAAAACACACCAGACACUUAUCAUCAAACUUGUCACUGCUCCAACACACAGACUUCUUUUUAAAAUUUAGGUGUUGUGUACAUAACAGAGUCCAUUUUGGCUUGACGGGAAGAUGGCAUGGCAUUAUUAUAUAACUGUAUUAUGUUUACAUUUUGCAUUGAUACACAUGCAGUUACUGCUCACUGACAAUGAUGCUGGAUUGAAUGUAAAUAUUUCAUUCAUGCCAUUGGAAAAAAUACUGUAUUUAUUGUCAAAACAAA